AUGACGGAGAAGAAGAAGAAGAAGUCGGACAUGUUUGAGCGAAAUGUGUUGAAUAAAGAAACUUCACUUAAUCUGGACAGAGUUUAUUUAGUCUCAGGUGGAUUCACGACAGCUCAUCAGGUCCCUGCUAUAUCUUCCGUGUUCCAGUCGGCCUACUCCCCUCCCACUCCAGACACCCCAGACUCGGUCUUCUCCACCCCACCGCAGAUGCUUAUAACCAAGACUUUGCCUCUCACUUCACACAGCAACCCUGCACUGAUGGGUCUGCCCCCUACCCAACCGACUGCAAAGAAAAAGGGUGUCAAGCGCAAGGCAGACACGACCACCCCCACCACCACAGGCAUGGCGCUCACUAUGGGUGUAGGUGGGAUGGGUCUCGGCAUGGGCGGAGGUGACUCCCCACUCACCCUCUCUGCUUUGGGUGCCGACCCCACACAGAGCCUGUCCCUCGGCCUGGGCAUGGGCCUUGGUGGAGUCCUGGUUGGAGACAAAGUACCAGCAAGACGAGGUGGCAGUGGCAGGCCCAUCAAACCACCACGGAAAGACUUGCCUGACUCCCAGAACCAACAUCAGCCGGUGCGGCGCGGGAAGCUAAGCCAGCAGCUACGGUACUGCAGCACGAUUCUCAAAGAGCUGCUGUCGAAGAAGCACGCAGCCUAUGCCUGGCCCUUCUACAAGCCAGUAGAUGCUUCCUCACUGGGACUGCACGACUAUCAUGAUAUAAUCAAGUAUCCCAUGGAUCUAAGCACAAUUAAGAGGAAAAUGGAUCAUCGGGAGUACAGGGAUGCGUUGCAGUUUGCUGCAGACAUCAGGCUAAUGUUCUCAAACUGUUACAAGUACAAUCCACCAGAUCACGAUGUGGUGGCCAUGGCUCGAAAAUUACAGGAUGUCUUUGAGUUCCGCUUCGCCAAGAUGCCAGAUGAGCCUUUGGAGUCCCACCCACCUGCGUCCCUGGGCGGCGGCCUGGGCGGUCACUCCUCCUCUUCCUCCUCCUCUUCCUCGUCUUCGUCGGAGAGCGACGUGAGCAGCGAGAGUGAGAGCGAGAGCAGCCCGAGCUCCGACAGUGAGGAGGAGAGAGCGCAUCGCCUGGCCCAGCUUCAGGAACAGUUGAGGGCGGUGCACGAGCAGCUGGCUGCGCUGUCCUCUACACCCAUCAUCAAGCCCAAGAAGAAGAAAGAAAAGAAAGACAAGAAGAAAAAGAAGAAGCUGGAAAAACACAAGCGGGCCAGGAGUAUGAUGGAGGACGAGGUACUCGUCCGGCCGCCGAAAACGCCAAAACUCUCCAAGACACCAAAGAGCAGGCGCAACAGCAAAGCAGCCAGCUCCACUCAGGGCAAGAAGGGCUCCAAUAAGAAGAGCAGCAAGAGCAAAUCCUCAAAGAAAUCUCAAGCCCCCUCUUUUAACUCUCACCAAAUGAGCCAAGGCGGUCUUACGCCACACUAUGACUCUGAAGAGGAAGAGGAGACCAGCCCCAUGAGUUAUGAUGAGAAGCGGCAGCUCAGUCUGGACAUCAACAGGCUGCCGGGCGAGAAACUGGGCCGCGUCGUUCACAUCAUCCAAUCGCGAGAGCCCUCGCUGCGUGACACCAACCCCGAGGAGAUCGAGAUCGACUUUGAGACGCUCAAGCCGUCCACACUGCGUGAGCUGGAGCACUACGUCAUGAUGUGUUUACGCAAGAAACCACGGAAACCUGGCGUGCUUCAGUGCAUUAUCACUCCUCAGUUCAAGAGCUCUUUGUGUUAA